AAUUUGUAUUGCAGCAAACAUAAAAAUAUAUGAUUGCAGAAGAUACAUGCUAUAUUCAUUUAACAGAAAACAGUUAAUGGUGUUGGAUACAUUUGACUGAGGACAGAAUACCACCGAUUAGAGAAAACUACCGUCUGGAAUUCUGAGCGUUAGCGGAAUACAGGACUAGCCAUGCUAUGAAAGUUCAAUACAAUAUAAAGGAAUCAAUAGAAACUCUUUGAAGAAAGAUCAAGUAACGUAAGGAAUUUGAAAAGAAAAUCGACAGUAGAAAUACAAAGGAUAAAGUGACAGUAAAAGUACAAAGGAUACAGUAGAAAACGUGAGGGAAGAAAUAAGAAAUAGAAAGUGGCAGUGUAAAUCAGACGGAUAAAGUGACAUUAAAAUGAGAAGUAUAAGACGAAAACACACUUCAACGCAAAAACAGGAUUACAAACGAGCGACUUUUUGAUAUAAACUAUAUUAAAUGAAACAAAUUCCAAUAAUGACUGAUGCAAAGUAUUAACAGUAGUAUGAUAAAUAGAUAUAGGAACGUAGCGCAAAAUCGAUAAGCGUAAUCAGCACUAAAAGCAGUUUAGCAAUUAAACGAAGAAAGAAACAUGUACAAUAUAACAACUGCAAUAAUCCCCUUGGUGACUUUGACCAUUAUGGAACACGUAACAGGGAACCAUGGUAACACGACGGCUAAAGACAGUGGUGCAUAUCAAUGGUUUACGGACCCCACGGAUGUUAUUAAGCUUUUAUUGAUAGUAAUCGGAUUUUUAGCAAAUGUUUUUUCAAUAAUGGCUACUUUAAACGUUCCUCGCGAGCGAUGGUCACCGUAUAACACCCUGAUCAUUAACUUGUGUGUGUCUGAUAUCAUCGUGAUACUCUCCUGUGUGUUUAAUGAUAUUCUCACGCUUAAACAUCGCCAUCACCCUUGCACGCCUGUUCUCAGAAAAAUGUUCCUUAAUGUCGCGCUGACAUCAACAUUAUUCAACCUUGUUUUGAUGGCUGUAGACCAUUACGUCGCUAUUAUGCAGGCCUUAUAUUACGAGCGCAUUUUCUCCAAGCAAAAAGUGAAAAUCAUUAUUGCAGCUUUAUGGACGACAAGCAUGUUCUGCGGAGUGUUGGAUUUAUUUGUAAGUAUAUCAAGCUUUCGGGCAGAAGAAGCAACAUUUUGUGGUCAUGUUAAUACUGUGAAUAGAACAACAUUUAACUACGAACUUGUCAUUGUCAUAUUUAUUUUCAUCGUUCUAGUCGGACUUUUGAUCAUCUACACACGGAUCUACUACCAAGUAAGGAAACUAGUUCGGGAUGACCGCCAUAAUCGGUUAGAAAGUUCCCAUUCCAUGAAAGCCAUUGUCACAACAUUCCUUAUAAUUGGGACAUUUUCACUUUGUUGGUGCCCAAUAGGAUUAUACCAUACCGUAUUGUACAUAUUGAGACCCGACUAUUCCAAAAUGACUGAAGCUACCAUCGACCGACUGCUCCUAGUUAACUCCAUUUUGUUCCUGUUCCUCAUAUUAAACACAAUAUGCGAUCCUGUUAUUUACGCCGUGAGAAGAUCAGAAGUGCAGCAAGGCUAUAUUCGAGUAUACAACAAACUUCUACGAAAAAGGAGGAGGUCUUCGUUUUAUGAGAACGAAAUGCACUCAUAUUUUAGGCGCAGAAACAAUUCGCUGGAUACGGAAAAGGCUGACUUUACGAUUGUUACAAGACUGAGUAUCUCCGACAAGACAAACUUAACAUGUGCUUCACAUGGCACGUCGCCUAAUGACAGCAGUGUACACUCUACUGGGUUUGAUAGGGGCAUUUUUAAAAAUCGUUAACAGAUGCAAUACAUAUUUUUUAUCUGUAAUAACAAUCAAUGUUUACUUAUUGAAAGU